AUGAAAGAAGGAGAUACCGUGAAGGAGUACUCUGCCAAACUUCUGGAAAUUAUAAAGAAAAUAAGAUUAUUUGGUGAAAUUUUUCCAGUUUCAAAGGUGGUGGAGAAAAUGAUGAUAAGCUUACCGGCAAGAUUCGAGUCUAAGAUUUCAGUAGUAGAGGAAUCGUGUGAUUUGAAAACUUUAUUUGUCACAGAGCUGAUUAGCAAGUUGCAAGCCCAAGAACAAAGAACAAGUAUAAAAGAUGAAGAAGUAGAAGAAGUGGAAUUUCAAGCAAAGCACAAAGGCAAGCAACCUGUGAAGGACAAUAGGAGAAUGGAAGGAGAUAAAGCAACAAAGAAAAAGUCAUGGACUGAAUCUUCACAAAAAGGAAAUUUUCCACCUUGCGUCCACGGUAAAAGAACUAACCAUCAAGAAAAGGAUUGUUGGUUCAUAGGAAAGCCAUCAAUUCAGUGCAGAUUUUGUAGAAAAAUGGGUCAUAGUGAGAAUAAUUACAGGGCAAAGCAGAAUCAGCCACAACAACAUGUUCAGCAGGUAAACUUCACAGAAGAGUUAGAAAAGGAAGAAAGCUUUUUCAUGGCUUCUCAUGAAGAAAACAAAUCCAACCAAUCCAAAUGGUUCCUAGAUAGUGGGUGCACGAGUCAUAUGUCACUUAAUGAGCUCAUGUUUCACACACUUGACAAGUCACUUAAAGCUAAAGUUAGGAUGGGAAAUGGUGCAACAUUAGAAGAACAUGGAAAGGGUUCAGUUUUCUUUCAAACUAAACAAGGUACAAAGCUUAUACAUGAUGUAUUGUAUGUUCCUUCUUUAGCAUGUAACCUGUUGAGUGUUGGCCAAAUGAUGUCUAAAGGCUACUCUUUACUUUUUAAGGGAAAACAUUGUUUGAUCUUUGAUAUUGAUGAUACUUUGAUUGACAAAGUAGAAAUGGUGGAUAGGAUCUUUCUAGUAGAUGGAAAGUUUGAUAGUGCCAAUUUUGUAAAAUUGGAUGAUUCAUGGUUAUGGCACAGAAGAUAUAGGCAUUUUAACUAUGCUACUUUAAAAUCUAUGUAUGAGAAGGGCAUGACUAAGGAUUUAUCUGAGAUCUCACUUUGUAAAGAAGUGUGUGGGUCAUGUCAAAUGUGCAAGAGUGGCUGCAAGCUGAAGGCUUUAAGGUCAGACAAUGGAGGUGAAUAUACUUCAAAUGAGUUCAAUAAGUAUUGUGAAGAUGCAAGGAUUGAUCACAAGUACGUUAUUCACCAGAACAAAAUGGAGUCUCAGAGAGGAAGAAUAGGACGGCUACCAACUAAAGUUGUGGGUGAUAAAACUCCUAUUGAGGCAUGGAGUGGAAAAAGGCCAUCGGCCAAGCACUUAAAAAUCUUUGGUUCGAUAUGCUAUUCUCAUCUUCCUUCAGAAGAAGCAAGCUUGAACCAAAAGGAAGAAGCUGAAGAAUCAGAUAGUGAAUCCUCACUUGAUUCGCCAAUUUUGAAGACAAAGUCCCUUUCCGAGAUAUAUGAAAGAUGCAAUGUUGCAAUCAUGGAACCCAAUACAGAAGCAUUAAAACAUGAAGUUUGGAAUGAAUCUAUGAAGGAGGAGAUUGGUAUGAUAGAGAAGAAUGACACUUGGAAGCUGGUUGAUAAACCCAAAGACAGAAAUAUAAUAGGGGUGAAAUGGGUUUAUAGAACCAAACUUAAUCUAGAUGGUUCAGUUAAUAAACACAAAUCAAGGCUUGUUAUGAAAGGUUAUAUGCAAGUUGCAGGUCUGGAUUAUGGAGACACAUUUGUACCUGCUGAACAAAUUUAUGUCGACCAACCGAGUGGCUUUCAAGUUACAGGAAUGAAAGAUAAAGUUUAUAGACUACAUAAGGCAUUGUAUAGAUUAAAACAGGCUCCUCGAGCAUGGUACAGUAAGAUUGAUGAUCAUCUCAUUCAUUAUGGCUUCAAAAGAAGUGAAAAUGAAGCCACUUUAUAUAUGAAGAAGGCUAAAGGUGUAGAUGUGCUAGUGGUAUCACUCUAUGCUGAUGAUCUUCUGGUAAUCGGAAGCAAUAAAGCUAUGGUGAAUCAAUUCAAGCGAGAAAUGGAGACUAAGUUUAAGAUGUCAGACUUGGGUGAAAUGAAUUACUUUUUGGAAAUGGAGAUUCAUCAAGCUACUAAUGGAAUUUUCAUUUCCCCAGAGAAAAUAUGCAUGGGAUGUUCUUAA